AUGAGCGCGGCGGAGGACGCGGCUGCCGCUGCGGCGGAUGGGGGAUUCGGAGGCGGGAGCAGCGGCGCGGGGUCGUCGGAAGGGGGCGCGCGGCGCCGGUUCGACGACAAGGGGCUCGUCGCCCUCACAUCGCUCAUCCUGUGGCACACGCACCAGAACGACGUCGGCGCCGUGCGGAAGCUGCUGGAGGAGGACGCCGCGCUCGUCAACGCCCGGGACUACGACAGCCGCACGCCGCUCCACGUUGCCGCGCUCCACGGCUGGCACGACGUCGCCGAGUGCCUCAUCGCCAACGGCGCCGACGUCAACGCCCAGGACCGCUGGCAGAACACGUCCACACAGCGUGUCGUCGUUGUCAUGGCCGCACACCAUGACAUGCACGGCGUCGACUCGUUCGCGCAUCAGCUGCCCUUCAUCCCCGCUGCGCUUGCCGCGGCACCGAAGACGCCGGCGGCGAGCAGGGACGCCGCCAGCAUCCGCCUCUUCGGCCGGGACUUCCCCAACGACCAGCAGCAGGCGGCCCACCAGCUGCUGCUGCUCAAGGAGGACGCGGCCGGGGCCGGGGAGGGCGGCGGCGAGGCGGCGGCGUCCGGCGGGGAGAGGAAGUUCGAGUGCCAAUACUGCUGCCGCAACUUCCCGACGUCGCAGGCGCUGGGCGGGCACCAGAACGCGCACAAGCGGGAGCGGCAGCACGCGCGGAGGGCGCAUCUCGAGGCCUCCUUCGCCGCGCAUUGCGGCGCCUACCUACCCGGCGCGCACCUCUACGGCCUCUUCGGCUACGGCGGCGGCGGCGGCCACACGGCGCUGCCACCGGCGCACUACCCGCCGGCGGCCGUGUGGGCAGGCGCCGUGCCGGGGAUAUACGGCGGCGGCGUGGGGCCCGUGGCGCGGCCUCCCGUGUACGGCGGCAUGGCCGUGCCGGGGAUGUGGAGGCCGUCGCCACCUGGGAGUGGUGGAGCUUUUGUCGCGGCUGGCCGACCCGUGGGGACCGGGACCGAUCCAGCGGGCUACGGAGAGAUGAUGGCUGGCAAAGACGACAAGGUGGCGAUGGCGAUGAGCGUGGUGACGUCACUGCCCGCGUUGCCGUCGUCGUGCUUGUCCGGCCAGUCGGCGGAGAUGAUAGGGAGACCUGAGUUGGGACACAAGGAUGGAGUCAUAAGCUUGGACCUCUGCUUGUAG